UUUGCAAUUACACAAAUAUAAAAAAAACAAACUAAAAUAACGGCCCUCGUCUGCAUAUAUUGUACAUAAGAUAAUGACAAAAACCUGGGAACCGUCGAAUCAGAUGACCGUGAAAGACGACGAGAGGCGUUAUCUGCUGUGACCGACUGACGACCACCAACGCCUGCCACGUGUCAUCAGAAGCUUCCUCUUCACACAAAAGGAAGAAGAACCCAAUCCCCCCAAAUUCCCAAUCUAUAUCUAUCCAUGGCUUCUCUCAGUGUAUAAAAAAGGAAUCUUUUUUGUUUUUCAUUUGGCCUCGAACCGAGCACCUCCACCACCACCGCAUCAUCAUCAUCAUCAUCAUCUAAUAUCCAAAAAGAAACAACCUUUACCAUCUUUCUCUUUUGGGUCAUUUGGUUUUUUCUUUUUUUCCAUUGGGGAUUUUCGUCGAACAGAGAGAUGGAUCACGAGGCCGACGCUUACCGGACGGAUUUGAUGACCAUUACGAGGUUCGUUUUGAACGAACAGUCUAAGCAUCCAGAGUCUCGUGGUGACUUUACUAUCUUGCUCAGUCAUAUCGUUUUGGGAUGCAAAUUCGUUUGCUCUGCUGUUAACAAGGCUGGUCUGGCCAAACUCAUAGGGCUUGCUGGAGAGACUAAUGUACAGGGUGAAGAGCAGAAAAAGCUUGAUGUGCUUUCAAAUGAAGUUUUUGUCAAAGCUUUGAUUAGCAGUGGUCGAACUAGCAUUCUUGUGUCAGAAGAAGAUGAAGAAGCAACCAUUGUCGACAAAUCCAUGCGUGGAAGGUACUGUGUUGUUUUUGAUCCUUUGGAUGGGUCCUCCAACAUUGAUUGUGGUGUUUCGAUUGGGACGAUAUUUGGGAUUUAUGCUAUCAAAGAUGAUCAUGAACCUGGUCUUGAUGAUGUCUUGCAAUCUGGGAAGAAUAUGGUGGCUGCUGGCUAUUGCAUGUACGGAAGCUCUUGCACGCUUGUGUUGAGCACUGGGGAAGGUGUCAAUGGAUUCACUCUUGAUCCUUCUCUUGGGGAGUUCAUACUAACUCACCCUAACAUCAAGAUUCCCAAGAGAGGGAAGAUUUAUUCAGUGAAUGAGGGAAAUGCCAAGAACUGGGAUGGUCCAACUUCUAAGUAUGUGGAGAAAUGCAAAUACCCUACUGAUGGUUCUUCUCCUAAGUCUCUGAGAUACAUUGGAAGUAUGGUAGCUGAUGUUCACCGCACAUUGCUAUAUGGGGGUAUCUUUCUAUACCCAGGUGAUAAGAAGAGCCCCAAUGGGAAACUACGUGUUCUGUAUGAAGUUUUCCCCAUGUCAUUCCUGAUGGAGCAAGCCGGAGGUCAAUCUUUCACCGGCACUCAACGGUCACUGAAUUUGGUUCCCAAGAGCAUCCAUGAACGUUCUCCGAUCUUUCUCGGUAGCUAUGAUGAUGUUGAGGAUAUUAAGGCACUCUAUGCUGCUGCAGAGAAGAAAGAAUAAGGCUCAUGGUGGUUGGCAUCCUUGUACUAAGUAUAUAACUCAUCUAUUUUGUUGUUACACUGAAAUCCUUUCUAAUCAUCUAUUCCCAAGAUGAAACUAUAUUGUAAGUAUACAAUACAAUCAUCAACAAAUAAACAAGUUCCAAUCUUUCUUUAUAUUGAAUAAGCAAGUUCCAAUUCAUUUUCA